AUGGCGAAUCAUCCAAACAUUUCCUCAGGUAUGAUGGAGCCAAAGAAUGAGAUGCUGCAGGCCGAUCGAGUCGAGAUUGAUCAUUCCGGAAUCGUGAUCAACCCGGAUCUCAUGAACGACGCCGUAGAUGGCGAGAACCGCGAGCACCAGGAGGGCUUGUGGGCUUCAGUCAAGAGCCACCCCUGGGCUUGCUUGUGGGCCUUCAUCAUGUGCUUCACGAUUGUCAUGGAGUCGUUCGAUAUGUUCCUCAACGGUAAUUUCGUCGCGCUUCCCGCUUUUCAGAGAAAGUACGGCGUCGUUUCAGGAGACGGCCAUGCGAUUCCAACCCGAUGGCAGAGUGCCCUCUUCCAGUCCGGUCAAUGUGGUGCAUUUGUCGGUGUCUUCCUGGCCGGGCCUGUCACCAACCGUCUUGGCUAUCGCUGGACUACCAUCAUGGGCCUGAUUCUGAUGAACGCCACGAUCUUCGUCUCCUUCUUUGCCGACUCGCUCGCCGUCCUUGUGGUCGGACAAGCGUUGGAAGGGGUCCCUUGGGGAUUUUUCAUCGCGAACUCACCCGCGUAUGCCAGCGAGAUUGUUCCUCUCGUGCUUCGAGGCGCCUGCACGGCUACCCUGCAAAUGAGCUGGUCUAUCGGUGGUAUCAUUGUCGCCGCUGCCACCUACGGCUACAACAAGCGAGACGAUCAGUGGGCGUGGCGAGUGCCUCUGGCCUUGCAGUGGAUCUUCCCCACCCCGCUCUUGAUUCUCAUCUGGCUUGCCCCCGAGGCUCCGUGGUGGCUCAUCCGUCGCGGACGCAAAGCAGAUGCGCAACGCUCCAUCGAGCGCCUCGGUAGUAAAUCUCCAGAGCAGACUCAACAGGCACUUGCCAUGAUGGAGCGAACCGUCGAGAUUGAAGCUCGGAUGGGUGGUGCCCCGACGCUCCUGGAUCUGUUCAAGGGCGUCGAUUUGAGGCGAACAAUCAUCACCUGCUUGAUGUACGCGUCACAGAAUUUCGCCGGUAACCUGAUUGCCAACCAGGCAACUUUCUUCUUCGAGCAAGCCGGGAUCUCGUCCGAUAAAUCCUUCCAGCUCAAUCUGAUCAAUUCGUGUCUCCAAUUCGUUGCCAACGCGGGCUCCUGGUUUCUUACCGCCUGGUUUGGUCGUCGGACCAUCUAUCUCUGGGGCACCGCCACCAACAUCACCUUCCUCUUCAUCCUCGCCAUCUGCGCCUCCAUCCCCCAGAGCCAUGCGACCAACUACGCCCAGGCCUGUCUAGGUGUCAUCAUCUCCUUUGUCUAUGCCGGCACCCUCGGACCGAUCUCAUACACCAUCAUUGCCGAGACGUCCUCGGUCCGUCUUCGCGCGUUGAGCACCGGUGUCGGUCGUGCCGCCUACUAUGUGGCCGAGAUCCCCAUGAUCUAUCUGGCCUCGAACAUGCUCAACCCGACAGGAUGGAACCUUGCGGGCAAGUGCGGUUAUGUCUGGGGAGGUACCGCUGUCGUCUGUUGGAUCAUGGCAUACUUCUUUCUUCCCGAGCUCAAGCAUCGCUCUUACCGUGAGAGCGACAUCUUGUUCAACCGCAAGAUUCCAGCCAGGAAGUUCAAGGCAACCGUCAUCGACGUCAAGGAUAACGAGUAA